AUGAGCGCGGUAUCUGUUACCAAAUCACCAGAUCACACUGUGGACGGUGGCGAGACUUCUUCUGCCGCCACAUUUUUAGACUUGACAGGCAGAGAGAAAGAUCCCAGCAUGAAAGUCCACCGCCAGCUAGAGUACUGCAGGCGCACCGUGCAUGCUGGGAUCCGCAUCGCUCAAACGCAGAUGCAUAAAUCACACGAGGAGGAGGAGCAGGAGAGGGAGAGGGAGAGGGGAGGCUUUUUUUUCAGACAGCAAUUUAAAAACGGAGGAAGCGUGCUCUCCUGUCGGACACGGUUAGCGGCUCUGCCCGUUGUCAGCUGCCCGGUGUCGGCCGUGUUUGAUCUCACCGGGUCCAGACUCGUUUCUCCCCCGGCGCGGAGGCAGGGAGCCGCCGCGUGUCCGGUGGAUCCGUCAGAACCGGACUGUGAGCGGAUUCGCGCACGGCAGAGCGGAGCGGCUCUACCUCCCGUCCCAACCGGUUAUCAUGGCAACCAGGACAGCCGGGAGCGCAGGGGACACGGUGACGGCCCCCGCCCUGCAGCGGGCCCGGGCCCCGGGGCUCCCGCGGAGGAGUUCCAGGACUGGUGCCUGCGCACGUACGGAGACUCCGGUAAGACGAAGACCGUGACCCGCCGCAAGUACAACAAGAUCCUGCAGACGCUGCUGCAGGGGGACGAGGAGAACAGCCACGCGCUGUUCCUGCACGAGAAGAGCGGAAACCACAUCAACGCCAAGUUCAAGUUCUGGGUCAAAUCCAAAGGCUUCCAGGUCGGGACGCUGCCCGACGCCAAGGGCGGCUCCGCGGGCGGCCCGGUGCUCUACGUGCCCAUCAAGGCGGCGACGUGUGCGGACGGCGUUUCGGCGGUGGACUCGUCCCUGAAGCGUGUGGCGGUGGUGGAGGACUUCUUCGACAUCAUCUACGCCAUGCACGUGGAGAUCAGCAGCGACCCCGGCAAAGCACCGAAGCACGCCGGCCAGAAGAAGACCUACAAAGCUAUAGCGGAGACGUACGCCUUCCUGCCCAGAGAGGCGGUGACUCGCUUCCUGAUGAGCUGCGGCGAGUGUCAGAAGAGGAUGCACAUCAGCACCACCGCGCAGGACUGCAAAGAGAACGACAGGCCGAGCCCUCAGGUGUCAGAGGUCAUCGACUACAACGUGCCUCUCACCACCACCUACAUGAAGCAGAUGAAGCUGCAGAGCAUCAGCAGCACUAAGGAGCAGCCUGUGACUUAAAACAUGAGACUGAG